GGUUUGUCGCGGGCUCGGCAAUGCCCCGUUUAUGUGGAGCCAAUGCGAUCAUCUCGGCUACUAUCUAUCUUCGGACCAUGGCACGAGUAUACAACUCCAAUCACGGUCGGAACUGUCGGACCUGUAUGACGAGAUCAUGCAAGCCCAAGCUAUAAAAGAAGCAGUGAGAUUUUCGUCGGAAUGCGGAUUAAUACUUUCAGCAUAAUACCGAAAUGGUCUACCGGAAUGGCUUGAUAUGGGCUGUCGCCGCGGCGGUGGCCCCGGCCAUGGCUGGCAACCCCAACAGUGUCACACCACCCUUCGCAGUCCUCGUGGAGAACAACCUGGAUCUGUCGGUGGAACAUAGCCCCUCGUUCCUCCUUCUAUCGAAGCCGACAACGGCGGAGAAAGCUACUAUUGCAUGUACAGCUCUUCAGGAGGACCUAGUGCCGUCUAAUAAUACUCAUGAGCUUCAUUCAUUACUGUUCCAUUACGACAACUUGAUGAACACCUCGAGUGACUCUACCUUCUGGCUACAACCCGCCAAUGGGAUCUGCUACUCGUACAAUCGGCUCAAUGGGACAAUCAAGCCUGAUGACUGUGAACAUGCCUAUCAAGGUAUCUGCACCAACACAGCUCCAUUCCAGCGCAAUGUGCAGCUUCCAGCAACAAACAAGGCCGUAGUUGUCAAUACCACCCAGGGCCUUGUCCACGGAUUCCGCGAUAGAUUGGCUGCACGCUUCCAAGGCAUUCCCUAUGCCAAACCCCCUGUGGGCCAUCGCCGAUUGCAGAACCCGGAGAGGCUGGAUCACUUGCAUAACUUCGCCAACGAGUCGGCAUAUGAUGCCACGAGAUUCAAGCCUAUUUGCCCGCAAGAUAUGUCGAACAACCCUGGUGUGAAGCUCAAUAUGACUACCUCGGAAGAUUGUCUAUAUCUCAACGUCUACACGCCCUCUAUCCCAGCCGGGAACUCCUCCCUGUUACCCGUGCUCUUCUGGAUCCAUGGAGGAUCGUACUGCUACGGAGGGUCAUCGUUCCCCUACUACCUGGGCAUGAACAUCGCCAGCCGCCAGUCGAUGGUGGUUGUAUCAGUGAACUACCGCCUGGGAGCUUUAGGAUGGCUGACCGAGCCGAAGCCCAGUAACAGCUCCAUGAUCGGCACCAACCAAGCGAUGCGAGACCAGCUUAUGGCGCUGGAGUGGGUGCAGCAGCACAUCGCAGCCUACGGCGGCGACCCCACCAAAGUCACCAUCCUCGGCGAAUCCGCCGGGGGCAGCUCCGUGAUGUCGCUCCUCCAAACCCCCGCCGCCAAAGGCCAGUUCUCCCACGCUAUCGUCGAGUCAGGCAACACCCUGUCGGGCUGGCAACGCCCCGAGAUCGCAACAGCACUGUCCGAGCUCUUCCUCAACAUCACCGGCUGCCCAGACUACGGCUGCGUCAAGUGCAACCUGACGACCAGCGCGAUGCUGGCCGCCCAAGACCGACUCUUCACUCUCGCGCAGGAGAUCUUGCCGCGAGGCCAAGUCUGCUCUCUCGAGCCGCUGCGCCCCUUCAUCGACGGCGACCUCCUCCACGAAGACUGGAACACAGCCCUGCAGGCGGGGCGCUACACCCACGUCCCGACACUGGUAACCUACAACCACGACGAGUACGGGCUCUUCCUGCAAGAGAACAGCACUUUCACCCACACAGCCGCCAACUUCUCCAGCGCCGAAGCCUACCUCGCGACCUUCCUGCUGGGCGAAGAGCGCACGCAGGCCGUCCUCUCCACACCAGAGCUAGGCUUCACGCGCGCCGCGCUCGCAAACCACUCCGACAUCGAUACGCCCUUCGUCAACUUUACCACCAACUACUGGUACCGCUGCAACGGCGAGCUUUACGCCGGCGCCCUCGCCCAGAACAAUGCGGAAGUGUGGGAGCUGACGUGGGAGGUCAACGUGCCGGAAUUCAUCCCCGGCCGGCUCUGCGGCGCCGGCUCCGGCCGCGUGUGCCACGGCUCCGGCCGCGUGUGCCACGGCUCCGGCCGCGUGUGCCACGGCUCCGGCCGCGUGUGCCACGGCUCCGAGCUGCCGCUGAUCUUCGGCUCUGCGGCUUACGAUAAUAUCUCUGCGGCUGUACUGACGGAGACGGGGUACUGGGACCGCGCGAGGAGGAGUGUGGAUCUGUAUGCGCGGUUUGCGCGCAAGGGGAGGAUGGUUGAUGUUGCGAGCAACGGGUCGACGGUGUUUCCGCCGCGUGGCGGCAAUGAGACGCAUUAUGUCAUUCAUUGGAGGGAUCGGCCUGUUGUGCGGGCUGGCGGUGUGAAUUGGGGGGCGUGCAAGAAGAUGGAGGAGAUGCGGCUGUAUGAUCGGUUGUAUUAUCCGUAUACUGGGCCGGUGCUGGGGUUGUGAAAGGGUUAUACAAAACGGCAGGCAAUCCCGGCUUGGGUCGAUAUAGAGAGAGGACCUUUAAGAGGACAUAAAGUGUACCGAAUAUGCUGCUGCACCCGCUGAGCAGGGAUGAUAUGGAGUAUUCAGCGUAGAAGUCCAAUUGAAUAAAAACGGUUCUUGAUUCUACUGCCUAUCAGUGGAGGAGGGGUAAUGUGUCUUACUGUGCCUCUUCACCUUGGCUUUGUGGUGUUCUUGGCUUGAUUAUUACA